CUUGUUUCUUCAAUUGCAUCCACAAACUCUUCUUCUCUGACCAUGGCCUUCUCAAUGCAAAUUCUAAAGUCCUCCUUUAGUGUAGGCGUCGACAAGUUCAAAAAUGACAUGGGAAGUCGCAACUAUGGUAUCUAUGGUAAAUGGAUUGGAAUUCUCACCUUCUUCCUCUGUCUAGCUUUGGGUGUUGCCAACAUCUUCCAUUUCUCCUUGGUUAUCAUAUUCAGCAUACUUGCUAUUGUUCAAGGUUUUUUGAUUCUAUUUAUUGAAUUGCCCUUUUUGUUGAAGAUUUGCCCAUUUACUGAUAAGUUUGUCAAUAUCAUGAAAAAAUUCAACGAAAACUGGCCCAGAGCUGGUUUCUACUUGUUAAUGGCUGUGGUUCAAUUUCUAUCGCUAAUUGUUCAAACAACCUCUUUAUUAGCUUUAGCCAUUUUGAUGCUUAUAUCUUCAAUUUGUUAUGCAUUUUCCGCUUUCUCCCAUCAAGAGUUUCAUAAUGGUCAAGACGAUUCAGCAACUAAUUUACCAAAUGAAGCUGUGCUUAGACAAGUUCUUUAAAUCAAUUUAAAUUAAAUAAAUGGGCAAAUUAAAAAGAAAAUUGCAAAUAAAAAAGAAUAAAAAAAUUAGAUAAUUUCAAUAUAAAAUUUACUUAUUAAUUGAUAAAAUUUUGCUUUGGUUUUUGUUCAUUUGUUUUUGAAGUAUAUAUUGUAUAUUAAAAUUCUUGUUUUUUUUUUAUCUGGUGUUAUGUUUUCUUUAUAUCAUACUUUGUGAUUUUUCUUUAAUUACUUUUCUCUAAUUUCAAUUUGUUUUUUUCUUUUUUUCUUCCUGGGAACUUUUAUAUAAUAAAUAUAAUUAUACUUCUAUAUAUUUUCUAUUCUAAUUAUCUAAUCA